AUGGAGGAUCCCUGGGCCGACAGCGCCAUCGGCGGCGAGAGCAACAACAGCUCCAACACAGUUCCCCAGUCCGAUGACACGGCGCCCGGCAGCAACACCACCACCGCCCCGUCCGGUACAUCGUCAACCCUGACGCCGUCGACCAACAACACGAGCAGCAGCAGCCGACCCUCGCGCCUGACACCCCGUCGCCUGGUUGCCCAACCAACCCGUCUCGAGGCCGUCGAGGACGAUCCGCUUGGUCCUCUAGGUGCCAGCACCCCUGCGGCCACUGACACCCCGCUUGCGCCCCCUCAGCCGCCUCUCAAGGAGCAGCUACCUUUGAGGACGACAUUGUCUGGGGGCUCGAACCAAAUCGGCAGCGGAGGCGGCGCCAGGAGGCCCGGAGACCCGCACCGCAUCAUCGAAGAGGAGGAGCUAUACAAUGAUACCCCGAGCGGGCCAAGACAGCCACCGCCCGUACCGCCUGCCCAGCCAAACAGCUCGGUGCGCACGUCGAUGCAGCCCAGCGUCAGUAUAGAGCAGGCGGCGAACCCGACGUUCCACAUCUAUGUCGGCGAUCCCCAUAAAGUUGGCGAUCUGACUAGCAGUCAUAUAGUAUACUCUGUGAGGACAAAGACGACAUCAAAAGCCUACAAGCAGCCCGAAUUCGAGGUCAAGCGGCGGUACCGCGACUUCCUAUGGCUCUACAACACGCUACACGCCAACAACCCGGGCGUGGUGGUGCCUCCCCCUCCGGAGAAGCAGGCGGUGGGCCGGUUCGAGAGCAACUUUGUCGAGGCGCGGCGCGCCGCCCUGGAGAAGAUGCUCAACAAGACGGCCGCCCAUCCGACGUUGCAGCACGACGCCGAUCUCAAGCUGUUCCUGGAGAGCGAGGCCUUCAACAUCGACGUCAAGCACAAGGAGCGCAAGGAGCCGAACCUGGGCGAGAGCAAGGGCGUGUUGAGCACGUUUGGUAUCAGUGUCGGCAGUGGGAACAAGUUUGUGGAGCAGGAUGAUUGGUUCCAUGAUCGCAGAGUCUACCUUGAUGCUCUCGAGAACCAGCUCAAGGGGCUUCUGAAGGCCAUGGACAGCAUGGUUGCGCAGCGUAAGGCGAUGGCGGAGGCUGCUGGCGAGUUUUCGGCCUCUCUGCAUGCUCUCUCAACCGUGGAGCUGUCACCCACUCUCUCCGGCCCUCUCGACGCGCUUUCAGAGCUCCAGCUUACCAUUAGGGAUGUGUAUGACCGUCAGGCUCAGCAGGAUGUGCUCACGUUUGGUAUCAUCAUCGAGGAGUACAUCCGUCUCAUCGGCAGUGUCAAGCAGGCUUUCACGCAGCGCCAGAAGGCAUUCUAUAGCUGGCACAGCGCCGAGUCAGAGCUGCAGAAGCGGAAGACUAGCCAGGACAAGCUGUUGAGGCAGGGCAAGAGUCAGCAGGACCGCUUGAACCAAGUGAAUGCCGAGGUGGCGGAUGCUGAGCGCAAGGUGCAUCAGGCGCGCUUGUUGUUUGAGGACAUGGGCCGUCUGAUGCGCGCUGAGCUGGACAGGUUCGAGAGGGAGAAGGUUGAGGACUUCAAGUCGGGUGUUGAGACCUUCUUGGAAAGUGCCGUUGAGGCUCAGAAGGAAUUGAUCGAGAAGUGGGAGACCUUCCUCAUGCAGCUGGAUGCCGAGGACGACGAGACCGUCUUCUAUCGUCCUCCGGUCGUCCAGGCGAACAAGCCGGCCGGUGACACGGCGGUGGAUCGAGCUCGGGCGAGGAUCGAUGACGACUCCGAUUAG